GUGAUCGAUCAUGCCCGCCGGAACAUCUGGUCAGCUGUCGUCUCGCCGACCCGCGGGAGUAAAUCAUCAUAUCAACUCGCGCGCCUCGAGGCUCGGUUAGAGCUGCGUCGGCCAUAUGCUAUGUUUCCCCGAGUGGGCACGGAGUGUAGCGGUGUCAUGGAAUUAUUAUUGGCAUAUCGCAUGUCUGGGUCAAGGGCAAAGGGCAAUUACACAUACCAGCCUCAAGGCACUGUCCACUUGUCUUCCAUACCGAUCUUGAAUGCAAAGCGGCCGGCAUGGGAUAUUCAACGGACGUAUCUCCCUGGAGGGGAAGAUGUUUACAAUUCUGGUGCGGUAGACGAACAAGAAACCAGACACCGUUCUCGUCAGUCGCGCCCUCCUUGAGUCAAUGAGCACACCCAGAACCUAAGAAGUCGAUCAUGCAAACCCAUUAAUUUUACAACUAUUCAACCCGUCCCGCGCAGAUCAUCGAUGAAAGGAGUCCCAGAGCCUAGACAAUCAAUCGCGUAACAGACAGAUAUCUCGCACAAGCCCCGAGCCCGCCGGAUAGCACAGCGGCGAGUGGAGAUCCGCAGCGGUUAGCGUGAAGGCGAGUGUGGAGAUGAAUGGGUUGUCGGAAAUCCAUGCAUGCGGGUUGGGAUCUCGUCAUGCGUGCGAGGCUAGGGAGGCUAUGCGUUCGCGUGAUUGUGUUAUUCCAGAGAGCGGUCAAGUCGACCUGUCCAGCUCGGACGGAGCAUGCCGCCGUGGUGUUGACAAGCGAGAUGAGAUGACUCUGCCCGUAGCGAGCGGCAAAGGCAGCUGUGGAGCGAGACCCAGCGGGCAGUCCAUGAGCGAGAAUAAGCAGGGAUGGACACGUGGCCUGACGUUUUGCGUGGCAGUGUUCAAUCACAUGCCGACCCU